AGCCGUCCUGCUGGCUGGCUGAUCUCGUAUGGUGAGCGCAUGUUGGUGGAGGGGGGCUCUGCUCAAAUCCUGAAUGUGCAUGAGUGAGGCAGCACUUUGGUGGCAACUCCUGGCACACUGUGGACAGAACAAAAAUGGCGCAAGUGGCAGCUGGGAAGAUACCAAAAGACUUGUGAAGCCCACCACACCGAUGAGGAAACCUCAACCACCCAAACCAGAGAAUGCCGUCACCAUUGCCGUGUCGUCACGCGUGCUCUUCAACAUGGAGCGGGAGCAGCAGAUUUACGAGCGACAGGGCAUGGAGGAGUAUCUCAAGUACCAGCUGGAGCAUGAAAGCCAGCCUUUCAGCCCCGGUCCUGCCUUCUCCUUUGUCAAGGCUCUGGAGGCCGUCAACAAUCGACUGCGGGAGCUUUACCCGCAGAGCGAGGAGCUCUUCGACGUGGUCCUUGUGACAAACAACCACGCAUACGUGGGCCUCCGACUCAUCAAUACCAUCAAUCAUCAUCACUUACUCAUCGAACGCUUUUGUAUGACUGGAGGAAACAGUCCAAUAGGCUACUUAAAAGCUUAUCACACCAACUUGUACCUUUCUGCUGACUCUGCCAAGGUGCAAGAAGCUCUGGAAGAAGGGAUUGCAGCAGCCACCAUGUUCACCAUAGAGAAGAUGACUGAAGUGUCGGAGACUCAGCUCCGCGUGGCCUUUGACGGCGACGCCGUCCUGUUCUCAGACGAGUCGGAACGCAUUUUCAAGGCCCACGGACUGGACAAGUUCUUUGAGCACGAGAAGGCUCAUGAGAACAAACCUCUGGACCAUGGCCCUCUGAAAGGCUUCCUGGAGGCUUUGGGGAAACUACAAAGGAAGUUUUUCCACAAAGGCCUGCGCAUGGACUGCCCUAUCCGCACGUACCUGGUGACCGCUCGGAGUGCCGCCAGUUCCGGGACCAGAGCCUUGAAGACUCUGCGGUCGUGGGGGCUGGAGAUUGACGAGGCUCUUUUCCUAGCAGGGGCGCCCAAGGGCCCCAUGCUGGAGAAGAUCAGGCCGCACAUUUUCUUUGACGACCAGAUGUUCCACGUGGAAGGGGCGGCCGAGCUGGGCACGGUGGCCUGUCACGUUCCCUAUGGCGUUGCACAAAGAGUUGCCAAGAAAUAAAUUCUCACAACACAUUGGCCGAGAGGCUGUAAACAUUUGUAAAGAAACCACUUUGGCGUGAGGCUGGAUCAGUUGCAGAAUAUAAAACAUUUAAGAAAAGCUAUACUAAUGUUGAUUUUAAUAAUUGCAAAUGAGAGAAUAUUUUUUUCUUUUUUUGGUCAGAAUCCGUAAUAUGGUUUUUGUUUAACAUAAUGUAAAUUUGUUAAAUGUCAUAGUGCUUUUGUGGAUUUUUAUUUUAAUCUGCAUGCCAGGGGCAUGCUGUUUAUGUGGUCGAUUGUACUGCACAAUUACUCAUUUGGUAUGUUGUGAAAUUGAAAAAAAAUCCUAUACACACACACUCACACACAGUUAUAGCCAAAAUUUGCAUCCACUGUGCAAAAACACACAUUUCAUUUUUUGUCGUCACUGUCUGAAGUGAAAUCAGAUGAAACCUCUCCUGUUUCCGGUCUGUCAAGAUCACCAAAAUGAGUUCCCAUAAUUUUGUUUAAUGCCACCAGAAUAAGAGCUAUGAUUUCGUAGAAAACUUUAUAUUAUUUUCUUUGAGGUCAACAGUUUACAUAGACAAAAUGUACAAUGUCUUUAAAGAAGCCCAGUUGCUGAGGUCAUGCCUUUGGAAGCUCAUGAUAGGUUAACUGACAACAGGUGAGUUAAUGAGGACGUAGUCAAGGCCACACCUCAAAUAUUCUGCUUCCUUGUUUGAAAUAAUGGGAAAAUCAAAAGAAAUUGUCCAGAAAAUCAGAGAAAAACAAGUGGGGUCAUCCUUGGGUGCAAUUUCCAGAUUCCUGAAGGUGCCACAUUCAUCUCUUCAAUUUUACGAAAGUAUCAACAUCAUGGGAAUAUCCAGCCAUCACACUGUUCCGGAAGGAGAUGGGCCCAGUCUCCCAGAGAUGAAUCAGUUUUGGUCCGAAAUGUGUGACUCAAUCCCCCCCAGAAAAGAUAAAGACCUUGUGAAGAAACUGGAUGAAAAUGUCAUCAUCCACAGUGAAACAAGUCCUUCAUCAGCAUCAGCUGAAGCUCACAGAAUGAUGCACCAGGAUGACAUCAGCCAGGAAGCUAAAACAUAGCUGCAAAUGGGUCUUCCAAAUGGACAAUGGCCCCAAGGAUACUGCUGAAAUGCUUCAAAAGUGGCUUGAAGAUAACAAAGUCAAUGUCUUUGGAGUGGCCACCCCAAAGCCCUAAUCGGAAUGGCAUCGAACAUAUGUGGACAGAUCCGAAAAAACGUGUGCGAGCAAGGCGGCACACAAACCUGACUGAGUUACACCAAUUCUGUCAGGAGUAAUGGGCCAGGAUUCCAAUAGAAUACUCUAAGAAGCUUGUGGAAGGUUACCCAAAACUUUUGACCCAAGUCAUGCAAUUGAAAGGGAAUGCUACUCCAUAUUGUGGAAAUGUAUAUAAACUUAUGACCUCAAACAGUGAGACAAAACUUGAAAGUAUAAGUAAACUUCUGGCUUCAACUAAAAUUAAACUUUGAAUAUUAGUAACGCUUCAUUUUUGCUGGUUGUGUUCCCUUAUCUUGUUUUGACCUUUGCCCACUUUUAAUCUGGAAAAUUACACAUGCUAAUCUACCACAAACGAUUACCACAGCAAUCAUGAUUUUUUUUUUGAAAGUGAUAUCUACUAGGAAUAGACUAGUUUUGCUUGAGAGAUUUUUGUGUGUAAUAGUAAAACAGGUUUUAAAAUAUUUCGUGCCUGACUACACGGGCAAGCCAAGCAAACGUUUCUAGUUGAAAAGGAUAAAAUCGAGCUGUUAGUAGUCCUGUAGUUGUCGUCUUGGGGUGCAGAAAUUCCCAUUCCAACAGUCUAAUAUUUAAUGCUGAUGAAUUUUCCCCAGUAAAACAAGUGUACAUCUUCAAUACAGUAGUAUAUAGUUGUGUAUUGUCUACCCAAACGCUCCAAAAUGGAAAUAUCGUACAAAU